AUGUCGACACGACCUGAACUGAAUGAUUUAACUGGAAUUCUUAUUCGUUUUCGAAUGAAUAAAUACGCCAUAGCAACCGAUAUUGAGAAAGCCUUCCUCAACAUUACUCUUGAUGAGAACAACCGAGAUGUGACGCGAUUUCUAUGGCUCAGUGAUCCAAGUAACCCCAACAGCGAAUCGACAACAUAUAGAUACCGAGCAGUCCUUUUCGGGGCUACGUCGUCCCCUAUUACUCUCUGCGCAACUAUACUUAAGCACCUUGAACUUAAGAACGACAAGCAAGCUAGUGAAUACCUACGUCAAGAUCUAUACAUUGAUAACGUGAUAUCAAUUUUCCAACAGGAAGAACAACUUCUACAAUUCUACAGCGAUUCACGUGAGCUGAUGUCAUCUGCAGGUUUACUAAGUCCAGUUACCAUCAGAGCUAAAUUACGUCUACAGGAGUUAUGGCAACAGAAGUUUGAAUGGGAUAUGCCAUUACCUGACAGUAUUCAAGAAAAAUGGCGUAGUUUAAUAACAAAUUUGAAAUCCGUGACAAAAACUACGUUUCCUAGAUACUACUUCAAAAAUACAUUAAACGCAUCAAGUAACACGUGCAUUCACAUAUUCUGCGACGCUAGCUUGGUAUGGUAUGGUGCUACGGCUUACAUCUGUAGAGACAACCAAUCUACUCUGGUAAUGGCUAAAACUCGGGUUGCUCCAUUGAAGAAGUUAACGUUACCUAGGUUAGAGCUAAUGGUGGCAGUAAUUGGAUACCGGCUCAGAAAACAUAUGCAGCGAAACACCAGCAUAACACGGAUAUACCUGUGGUCAGAUAGUCAGAUUGUGCUUUUUUGGCUUCAGACGCCUAAAACCCUUUCACAAUUUGUAAGGAACAGAGUGAUUGAAAUCCACGCGCUGUCCGAAAACCGGAAAUGGAAUUAUUGUCCGACGAAAGAAAACCCUGCCGAUUUACUUACGAGGGGAAUCUCUGUGACUCACUUCAAGAACAGUAAUCUAUGGUUUCAUGGACCUACAUUGCUUACCACACCCAGCAACCGAGCCAAAAGAUUAAGCAACAUCAGUUUUAUAGACAUGUCAAGAUUCAGUUCGUUAACAAAGCUACUCAGGGUUACAGCUUAUGUCCUGCGUUUUAUAUUCAAGUGUCGAGGCGGGAGUCAUACUGGAAGAUUAGACUUGUUAACUACAGAUGAACUACGCAGAGUUGAGGAGAUGUGUUUACGGUGUUGCCAGAUGUCCAAAUAUCAAGCAGAAAUAGAAGAUACAAAAUCAAAAAGAAACAAACUUCCAUUAUGUAGACAACUUCAGUUAUUCUUAGAUAAUGGCAUAUUAAAGUGUCGUGGUCGUAUCCACAAUGCUCCAUUAGACGAGCUGACCAAGUUUCCGUACCUACUACCAGCUAAACAUCCAUUUACAAAAGCAGUUCACCUAGAACUUGUUUCAACCCUAGCAGCAGAAUUAUUCCUACAAGCUUUCCGAUGUUACUGUAGCAGAAAAGAUGUCAUGAUGUCAGACAACGCUAACACCUUCAUAUCAGCCUCAAAACAACUAAGAGAUUUGUUUCACUCACUCACAGUUAGAGAAGAACUCAACAACAGAGGAAUUGAGUGGAAGAUGAUACCGAAACGCGCCCAUUGGUUUGGUGGAAUGUAG